UAUCACCUGUAACUCAAAUGUGAAAACAAGCAGCAACCUCAUUGCAAUACGUGCUCUGCAAGGUUAAGGACAAAGCCGGCAGUCAAAAGACAGAUGAGUGCAAUGGGUUGCUGGUAUCAUUCUGUACAGUUCUAUUUCUUUUGCAGCCUGAUAUCUUCGCUUGUUAUUCACAUUGCUGCUGGAAGAGAACUUAAAUUUGCUGUUAUACUAUAUCGUCAUGGAGAUAGGAGUCCAAUAGCAACAUUCCCCAAUGACAAUCAUACAGAAGAUUCCUGGCCUGAUGGGUUUGGCCAGCUCACCAAGCUUGGAAAACAACAGCAGUAUGAGCUGGGAAGAUAUCUUAGGACGAGGUAUGCUAGGUUUCUGAAUGCAUCGUACAGACCAAGUGAGGUUUACGUUAGAAGCACUGACAUAGAUCGCACCAUCAUGAGUGCUCAAGCAAACCUUGCUGGUCUUUUCCAGCCAGCUGGAGAUCAAAUCUGGAAUUCUAGCAUAUUCUGGCAACCCAUACCUGUGCAUACAGUGUCCAAGACUGAAGACAAAUUGCUGCUCAUGCCUUUUUCCAAUUGUCCACUUUAUGAAAAACUCGUAAAAGAAACCUUCAGUUCAAAGGAGUAUCAUCAACUUGUGGAACCGUAUUUGGAUUUUCUAAACAUUUUAUCUAAAAACACUGGCUUCAGCAUUGAGCAGCUUUCCCAAUUUGGUGCUUGGACAACUUAUGAUGCUUUAUUUUGUGAGACUAUACACAAUUACUCUCUACCCACCUGGGCAUCUAAGGAGACCAUGAAUAAACUCCAGCAUCUGUCAGAGAUAAUAUUAUCUGCAAAUUAUGGUAUAUACAGGCACCAAGAGAAGUCCAGACUGCAAGGUGGUGUCCUUCUGAACAGCAUUAUUCAAAAUAUCACAAAUAUGAAAGAAACACCUUCAUUUCAAAGAAGGAUUUUAAUAUAUUCUGCUCAUGAUACUACAGUAUUUGGACUCCAUACAGCACUAAAUGUCUCUAAUGGAAAGCUGAUUCCCUAUACUGCUUGCCAUCUUUUUGAGCUUUACCAAGAUGAACAAGGGCAAUAUAGCAUUGAGAUGUACUAUCGAAACGACUCAGCAGUGGAACCCUACCCACUCACUUUGCCAGGAUGUGCCUUUUCUUGUCCUCUUCAUCAAUUUAUUGAACUUACUUCCCCAAUAAUUACACAAGACUGGGAGGAAGAAUGUGGAUUAUCACCAAAAGAUUCCGGGACUAUUAUUGGACUGAGCAUUACUGUGACAUUGCUGAUAUUGGCAGUUAUUGUGUUGCUGUUCAUAAUCAUCCGCAAUCGGAGAUACUUCUGUGGAGAAAACUAUGAGACGAUAUAACUUGGAUAUCCGAUGCUGAGUCAUCAGUGCAAAGAAAAUGGGCCAUUUCAUGGAAAAAAUACUUACUACAUAAAUACUGAACAAGAUGGACCCCAUGGAAAUAGCAUGUGGCACAGUAAUACAAACAUCCUACCACUAUAGACUUGUUUUAACAUUCAUAUUUUAGUCUGGAAUAAGGAUGGCCACAGGAAGAAUGAUAUUUAUGGACUUUAA